AGGGGGAGGAGAGAGUACGGAUGCUCGGCACAUCAUCCCGGAGAGCGGACCACCGAGGUGCUGCCGCUCCUGCUUCCGCUGCUGCGCUGCUUGUGUCCCACCUGAAGCCACAUGAGCCAGCCUCACUCCGAGACGGAAUCAAAGGAAAGCGACAAGCCAACGUAAAGUGACAUCGUGUUGGACAGAAAAUGGCACUCUACUGGAGUCUGCUGCUGGUUUUCCUGUUCGCCGUCCUGGCUCCGUUACAAGGCACCGAUCCUGCUGCUCCACAUGGCAAGAGGAGAAAGGCACAAGCCUCAGCAGGAAGCAGUAAUUCCUUACAGUACCCUGUUCAAGUUCUGCAGAGCCAAAGUUAUGGCAGGGAUCGCGGGGGGCACGGCAGCCAGAGGACCCGUUCUGCUAAAGGCGGAGCUGGACUCCUCUCUCACAGGGCCCUUCAUCCUCUGCCCAGGCCCGAUGAUGAGGAGACAGGCCUGGAGGGUCUGAACCCAGUGAGAGUUGAAAUAGGCCCAGGUAGAGACCGAGCUCGACUGAGUGUAAAGAGUUCAUCCCAGAACCAGGAAAACAAGAGCAAGGAAAACCAGCUUGUAGUUACACGAAAGGGAAGAGGGCAUGGGAACGGGCACAGGCACCCUUUAGAGAACAAGAGACAAGGGAGUCGACGGGACAAGGUGCGACACAAGAAAGGGUUUCUCUCGGGGCCCGAGACCAGCUCUGCGUUCAAGGACAGAUACCAAUUCGAGGAUCCUCCCCCCGCCUCAGCCUCGCCAUCCACCUCCCCCUCCCUUGACGUGACCCCACCCAGUGAACCCCCCUCCCCCAUCUUCAGCCUCUUUGACUCUGACUCCUCCAUGGUUACCACGGCGACGGACGAGCAUCCCCCAACGCUUCCCCCGGCCUCCACCAAACCCCAGAAGUCUGCACAUGGACAAGGAGAGGUGAUGCCAACGUUGGACAUGGCGCUCUUUGACUGGACGGAUUAUGAAGACAUGAAGCCCGUGGACGCCUGGCCAUCCUCCAGAAAGAAAGACAAAAGACGGAGUAAAAACCUCAGCAGUGGAAAUGUGACUGCAGGUGCGGAUGCAGUCGAGCCAUGUGACCACCAUCUGGACUGUCUCCCAGGUUCUUGCUGUGACCUGAGACAACAUGAGUGCAAACCUCACAACCGAGGCCUGAACAACAAAUGCUACGAUGACUGCAUGUGUGAGGACGGAUUUCGUUGUUAUGCUAAAUUUCAUCGGAAGCGACGUGUGACCAGGAGGAGGGGCCGCUGCGUCGUGCCAGAGUCAGUCAGCAGUGACCAAGGAGGCUUCAUCACCGUAUGAAAAUAAGAGAAGGACAAGAUGGGGGAUGAGCAUGAGGAAUAAACAUGUGACUACUAUGACAAAUACAACAGCACAGCCAUGACGCUUCUAAAGGAAUAAGUGCUUAAAGGUGAUCUCUUGCUGUGUUUUAUUGUUCUAAUGUGGAUCAGUCCCAGCAGGUCAGCAUCUUUAAGUACCUUGUUUCACCAUAAAAAAAAACAAAAAAAAA